AUGGAUUCAACAGUUGGAUUCAUGUCUAAAAUCAACGCUUUUUGCUCUACAAUCUCUCAGUUGUCGUCUGAUUCCGUAGGCGACUCACCACCGCCCCCCUAUCCGUCUCCAGAUGGUCAAUCGCUACUGAAUGAGAAUAACGGGCUUAGUACUGUGCUCUCUCGAUCACAGAUAAAACACGUGUUGGAUAUCUACUGGGCACGAUGCCAUCCUCUUAAACCUAUUGUCAAUCGUGCCCAUGUGGAUUCACUUUUUGAAACUUUAUGGGCCCCUGAUGGUUCCGAGUUGAAGGCUAUCCCUGUGGUAGAUGGUAUCAUUGCUCUCUGCUUGAACUACCUGAACAAUUCAGGUUUAAGUCGUCGUCUGCUAAGUUUACGCUUUGAGCAAGGGGGCCCUUCUCUUGCGUACUUCAAGCGUUGCCUAGCCGCCACCAGUCAGUAUGCUGUUUUUGCAGAGCCAUCAUUGGAAUGCUUACAGUGCUAUGUCCUCAUGACUUUAUACCUCCUUGAUGCGGGUGAACACCAGCCUGCGUAUAAUAUGAUUGGGUUAGCCUUGCGCAUUGCACAGGCACUUGAUUUGCAUCAUGGGCUACCGGAUUCUGACCCGAAUGUCUAUCUAGCCCGGCGCAUCUGGUGGACUAUUAUUCAUCUUAAUUUCCGGUGUGCACGGUUACUGGGGCGUCCGGUUGGGGUACAACUUGCUGAUACAACCUGCCCUCCACCACCUACAGAUGAAUUUACCUAUCAUACCCGGGCGAUCACUCUCACCAAGGCUACACUAGCUGUGACUGAGGCCCUUACUCGGCAUCCAGGUCUUCCAAAUGAGGAUCGCCUCGCGCAAGUCGUGUCACGCGCAUCCGCCCUCUCCAUAGAAGUUUACCGGCUACAUGAGUGGAGGGAUCAACAGCUACGCCCGGCUCUUGGGCGCCUACUUCAUGUAGAUAGUAAAUGGGAUAGCAAGGAGACUUAUAGUUGGAUCUCUUCCGUAGCUGAUAUGAGCCCGUCUCGAGCCUUAGGGGAAGUUUUCCUUGAGCUUCAGUACUAUGACGAGAUAAUCGGGUUGCAUCGACCGUUUAUCUGUUUCCCUGCUGGGCUAUUAAUUCCAAAAAGCAAUCCCCAGAGAGAUGCUCAUGCGACAACAGCAUUACAGCAUGCUAUAGCUACAGUAGACCUCACUCAUCGCAUCAUGUCUACCACCGAUGUGCUCUGCGGGCAUGGUGAAAUAUGGCAAUGGCAGUGGAAUGCCCUACUUACCUUGAUUGGCUUCCUUAUGGGAUAUCCAUUUUGCAUAUAUGCGCCUGCUGCUCGCCAUCAUGUCCAGCUAGCCUUAGAAAUAUUCAGUGCAGCGGACCCGAGGAAUUCGAUAGCCGUUCGGGCAGCAGCCGUAACCCGCUCACUUUGUGCCAAAGUAGACAAUUUGGUGCAUAUACUGAAAUCAAAUGGCGGGCGGCCAGCAUCCCCUAACACGGAGAGGGAAUGCAUCAUGAGAUGGAAUAACCCCGACGCUCCACUCGAUCUUUCGCGCCCAAGUAGCGACGAAUUGUGGUCAUGGGUGGAUACUACAGAUCCUGAUGCGUGGUUGACUUAUACCGAUGGGAUUACAGGAGUUCUGGCCGAUUUCCCGAAUCUUCCGUUUGGCAAUGAAGGUUUCUCUCCUCUUCCUUAA